AACCUUAAAAAAAAAAAGAAUAAAAAAGAUUGUUCUAGAGAGUGAGUGAGGGAUGGCAAUAGCUUUUCGUACCUUCCUUCUUCAACUGCUACUCUUCUUCUUUGCUUCUUCUGCGGAAGCAAACGACUCGCGAAAGACAUACCUGGUGCAGAUGAAAGUUGGAGGGCAUCGAUACGGAUCAAGUCCCGGUCACCAGGAACUACUCAGCGAAGUUCUUGACGACGAUAGCAAUGUAGCGGAUGCAUUUAUAUACAGCUAUGAGGAGAGUUUCACCGGUUUCGCGGCAGCACUCACACCAAAAGAACGUCAAAAGCUGAAGAGGAGAAGAGAAGUAUUGGAAGUGUCACUUAGCAGAAAUCUAAAGCUUCAGACGACACGAUCAUGGGACUUCAUGAAUCUAACAUUAAAAGCUGAGCGAAAUCCCGAGAAUGAGAGUGAUUUGGUGGUGGCUGUCAUCGACUCCGGCAUUUGGCCUUACUCUGAGUUCUUCAGUAGCGACAGCCCCCCUCCUCCGGGUUGGGAAAACAAAUGCGAAAAUAUAACUUGCAACAACAAGAUCGUUGGGGCAAGAUCAUACUACCCGAAGAAAGAAAAGUACAAGUGGGUUGAAGAGAAAUCGGUGAUAGACGUGACGGGACACGGUACACACGUAGCCUCCAUUGUUGCCGGCAGGAAAAUAGACAAGGCGAGCUACUUUGGGCUAGCGGAAGGCACAAUGAGAGGGGGUGUUCCCAACGCAAAGAUCUCUGUUUACAAAACAUGUUGGAAAGUGAUAAGAGAAGAUGGUACAGAGGAUUCAGUUUGUCCAGAACAUGGUGUUGUCAAGGCAAUAGAUGAUGCGAUCAAGGACAAGGUCAGCAUCAUCUCGUAUUCUCAGGGGUUAAACUCUAAUCCGCUGCAAGAAGAUCAUAUCUCGUGGGCGUUCUUGAGAGCACUUAAUAAUGGAAUUUUGACUUCAGCCGCGGCAGGGAACAGUGGGAAGUAUUAUGCUGUCGCCAAUGGUGCACCUUGGGUCAUGACGGUUGCAGCGAGCUUGAAAGAUAGAUUUUUCAAGACUAAGUUGGAUCUGGAAGGAGAAGAUGAGCCAAUUACCGUAUACGACACGAUCAACACCUUUGAGACACAAGAUUCUUUCUACCCACUUUUGCAAGAAAAAUCACACACUGAAUCAACAAGAAAACGUGCUCUCACCGCUGAGAGCAAAGGUUACCAAAUCUCGUCUAAUCAUGAGAACGACGAAGAAAGGGAUGUUUUCUUGCCAUACUCAAAUAUUGAGCUCUUGGACAAAGCGAUUAAAGAGAGAGCGAAAGGCGCAAUCGUAAUGGGUAAUGGUCCUUACGACUUGAAUGAGACGAGAAAGUUACAGUUUCCCAUCGCUUCUAUAUUUUUGGACAAAGAAAAGAAACGUAAACUACGGGAGUACUAUACAAAACGUCAAAGCAAACGUAGUGCCAAAAUCCACAAGACGAUGGAAUGUCCACGAGAAGACGGAUGGGUUCCAACUGUUGCUAAGUUUUCAUCAAAGGGUCCUCAUUCUGACAAUUUCCUAACUAAUAUUCUCAAGCCUGACAUAGCUGCUCCGGGGUUAGACAUCAUAGCGGGUUGGCCCGAGAAUGUGAAACUUUCGUCAGACCGCCCCACCAACGAUUACCGCCAUCUCAGAUUCAACAUGAUGUCAGGAACUUCCAUGGCUUGCCCUCACGCCACUGGACUUGCCUUGUACCUCAUGUCGAUCAACCAUUCUUUGUCUCCAUCCGCUAUUAAAUCUGCCCUCAUGACCACUUCCACGGAAAUGACGGAUGAGGGAAAUGAGUUUGCAUACGGGUCAGGUCACUUAAACGCUACAAAAGUCCUAGACCCGGGAUUGGUCUACGAAACACAUUACCAAGACUACAUAGAUUACAUGUGCAAAAAAGGUUACGACACCGAGAAGUUAAGAUCACACGCUGGAAGCGACGAGAUCGAUUGUUCCAAAACAGAGAAAGACCCCAAAGCCGACCUCAACUAUCCAACGAUGACGGCUCAAGUCCCCCUCGACUCCCCAUUCAAAGAAAUCUUCCGUAGAACGGUCACUAACGUUUACGACGGAGAUUCCACUUACCGCGCAGAAAUCAAGAACCGAGAUGAGAAAGACUUUGACAAUAUCAUUGUGGAUCCUCCAGAGUUAAAAUUUAGUGAGGUCGGAGAGACCAAGACUUUCACGGUGACUGUCACCGGAACGUCAAAGCCGAAUUGGAUGUCGGGGAAGGCGUUUAUGACAAGGAACACGUGGCUCACGUGGACGGAGAUCGAUGGUUCUCGCAAAGUCAGGAGCCCCAUUGUCAUAUACUCUGUUAAAGGACCCAAAGCUUGCGCUUGAAUUCCCAAGAACCAAAUCUGCCACUCUGCUCUUUUUAUACACAAUAUGAAUUUAUAUAUCUAGCUAAAUAAAAAGACUAUUCGAGUACAAUAAUAAGUCAUGAUUUUUAAAAAUUAAUAAAUAUGUCUUACAAAACCAUAUA